AUGCUUCUCGGAUCAAUCCCGCGCGUUUCCCACGGGCGGGAGAGGCGGCCGCAAAGUCGGCCGGCUCACGGCCGCGGGUGCACGGAUGUCACGCGGGACGGGCCGGAGAUUCGGGGUGUGUGGGCGCACUGUUUGCCCGCUCGAGAAGCUGCCCUCGGUGCGAGCCCUCCGAGGGGAAGGUUACCCUCAGGGUGUCCCUCCUCCGGUGCCCUUCUCCGGUGCCUAGCGCCGCGUAACCCCGGCGCAGCGCAAAAUUUUCUUGGUUCCCCCUCCUGGUGCGUCUGCCUAACUCCAAAAAACUCCAGACCGCCACCCGUCGCUUCCACUGCUUCGCCGCACCCCGUUUCCGCCGCAGCCUGCAGCACCAAGACUUCCAAGAAGCCCGCUUACAGCCCGGCUACAUUGGGGCCGUAUAGAGGUACCGAAAAAAAUGCCGUUCUGAAAUUUUAA